GCGCGCGCAGGCGCACCGGGGCCUCCACCAUGGCGACGGUGCUGUCCCGGGCGCUCAAGCUGCCGGGCAAGAAGAGCCCGGACCUGGGGGAGUAUGACCCGCUCACGCAGGCUGACAGCGACGAGAGCGAGGAUGACCUGGUGCUGGCCACGCCGCAGAAGAAUGGGGGCGUGAAGAACGGCCAGGGCCCCCGGGGAGAGGCCCCCGACUCGGAUGUGGAGGGCGUGGGGCCCGCCCCACCCCGUGCCCCCGAGGCUGGCGCCCAGGGCUUCCCGGCCGAGCCCCCCGGGGGCCUGGAGCCCAAGGUGGCUGGCUCCGUGGCUGCCUGCGUGCGCACGGCGGUCUUCCUGCUCACCCUGCUCCUGUCCAUGGUGCUCGUGCUGCUGUGCGCUUUCCUCAUCCCCUGCCCGCCGCGAGACCUGCACAGCACCUGGAUCCGACGCCUGGCCGCCGGUGCAGGAGGGGACCUGGCUCCUCUGGACCUGGCCGACGUGAACGGGGACGGCCUGCGGGACGUGCUGCUGGCCCUGGUGAGGCCCGGGAACCGCAGCGCGGGAGGUGGCCCGGGCUCCGGCCCCCGUGCUCAUCUGCUGUGCCUGUCCGGCAUGAACGGCAGCACGCUGUGGUCCACGCCCCUCCCGGAGGAGGCCCAGCACGUGGCUUGCGUGGACCUGGAGCCGGGGCGCGGGGCCGAGGCGCUCUGCCUGGUGACGGGAUCGCGCCGCGCGCUGGGGGCCUACAGGGCCUCGUCAGGUGAGGCCGUGUGGACGCUCCGUCCUGAGCACCUGGCCAAUGGCACCCUGGCAGCGCCCGCGGUGCUCCUGCCGGACCUGGACGGGGACGGCGCCCGGGACCUGCUGCUGCUGGCCGUGGGGGACGCGCAGCCCGACCUGUGCUUUCUGCUGGUCUCCGGCCGCGCGGGGACCCCCGUGGGGCGCGCCGUGCGCUACGAUGGUGUGGGGGUGGGCAACCUCAUCGGCCCCCAGCUCUACACCACCGCCAGCGGGGCCGUCUACGUGCUGUUCGGCUUCGGAAACAUCCAGGCCGUGGCCCUGCGUGACCUGCUCCUGCAGGCCCAGAGCCCGGGGCCCCUGCCUGGGACCCUGCAGGCGGCGGAGCCGGCCUGGGAGCGGCGGCGUGCGGGCAACGCGUCCGAGCUCAUCCCCGUGCACAGCGACGGCGUGGAGCAGCUCCAGGUGGUGAAGGCCCUGGACUCCAACGGCAGCGACCUCCUCCUCACCACCAGGCAGGGCCUGGUCCUGCUGGCCGGGCAGAGCCUCGUGCCGCGCUGGAUGCUGCGCCUCCCGGGCCUGCGCAGCCAGCCCACGCCCGGCUACUUCACCGACGACCAGACGCUGGACUUCCUCCUGCAGCUCAGCGACGGCACUGGGGUGCGCAAGAUGCUGGUGGUGGACGGUCAGUCUGGCUCUGUCGCCUGGAACCACAGCGCCCCCUGCCGCAUGGCGGAGACGCCCACCGCUGCUGCCCUGACCGCCGAGCUGAAGUCCGUCUUCCUCUUCUGGGCAGAGGCACCGGCCGCGCCUUCUCCCACCUCCGGUGAGGGCCCCGGGGCGGAGGUGUCCCGGCCCCACCACCUGUACCUGCUGCACCCCGCCUUCCCCGCCCUCCUCCUGGACCUGGCCAACACCACGGACACCGUGACGGCCGCCGCCCUGGGCGUCAACGACGUGUGGAAGGACGCCUUCUAUGUGACCAGGGCUGCAGCGCCGCGCCCCGACGGCCGCCCGCGGGCCCUGGCGGUCAGCAAGCUGAGCCUGCGCUGGGCGCUCAUGGAGGGCAGGGUGCUGCCGCUGCGCGACACGGCCCCCGGCACCGGCCGCGGGGAGCUGCGGAGGUUCCUGUCCCGCAUCAAGUUUGUGGAUUCUCCCCCGCAGGUCUAGCCAGAUGGGCUGCAGUGGGGAGCCGCGUGGGUAGCCCCUGUUGGCAUGAGCGCUGCUCUGGGAGUCCGGGCCUGUUUGUCGCCCGGUCGGUGCACUCCAGCCCUGACCGGCUCCUUCCCGCGCGAGCCCCCAGGAACUUUGUGGACAGACUUGAGAAAUGUGAAUCUUAUGGGGUUUUAUUUUAUUUUA